AUGAAGGGAGAAGAAAUAAGUGCAUAUCCUAAAGACUCACACAUUUUUUUUAAAGACACGCAUAGAUCAUGGGACUAUAUAAUUAUAAAUGAAGGUGUCUAUCCUCCUUUACAUAAACUUGCAUAUACUAAGAAACCGGAGCAAUAUGCUAUUCCUGAUUA